AUGUGAUGCUUUGUUAUUCUUAUUGUCAUUGUCAAUGUUGUUUGCUUAUUUGUGUAUUAUGUGUCAUUAUCAAUGCUAAAGAGUUUUUAUUUGUUAUUUCUUGGUGACGAUGCCGUAUCUAUAUUGAUGAUAAUAGGUGAUGUUUUGGUUUUUAUAAAUUCAUUUUGAACUUGUUUUAGGAAGCACCGAGUGUGGUCGUAUCCGUGUUAACAAGACCGACAAAACACGUCGGAGCUGGACAUGUAAGGAGGAGAAAACGCUGCUAACCUCGCUUAAGGAAUUGGUAGUGCAAGGUUGGAAGUCGGAUAACGGCUUUAGGGCGGGAUACCUCACGAAACUGGAGGAUGCGAUGAGGCAAGUGUUUCCGGAUACCGACCUGAAGGGAAAUCCGCAUAUCAACUCCAAGAUAUGUGCUUGGAAAAAGAACUACUCUAGCUUGUCGGCUAUGCUAGGGCGCAGCGGGAUCGGUUUCAACACGAAUGGUGAUCAUAUGAUUGAUUGUACGAAUGAGCAAUGGAACAAAUUGUCAAGUGUGAUCCAAAUGCGAGAUUGAUGAGGUACAAACCUUGGCCUAUGUUGGGCGACUGGAAAGAGGUUUUUGGGAAGGAUAGGGCUACCGGGGAGCAUGCUGAGGACCUUAUGGAUACGGUGAAUGAUAUGCAACGCCGUGAAAACUUGACACAACUCACUCCGGAGUCAGAUUACCAUGUCAGUCUCGACGACAUAGAGGGGCCUGAGAUGGUUGAAGAGAGUGUGGGACAAAGCAGCAAGGAGACGACAUGUCGUCUAACUGCCGUCAGGAAGCGCCGUCUGCGCGAUGAGAUGAUUGGUGUUUGUGAGGUACUUUGCGAGAUAAAUCGUACUACCGAUAUGAGGCUGGCGAACUUGGCGAACCGAAUUGGUUACGAGUUCGACAUGGGAAAGGCCCGGCAAGAAGUGUUUGAGCAAUUGGGUGAUAUUCCAGGCCUUUCGCUGGAUGAGAAGUUCGACGUAUGUGAGCUUCUAGCCUACAAAGUUGAGCGCCUCGAAAUUUUUCGUGGGCUGCCGACUGAAGCACGCCCAGCCUAUGCGAGGCGUCUGCUCGAAGGCAGCUACAAGUAAAAUUAUUUAGGUUGUGCUUUUUUUUGGAGCUAAACAUGCUUGGACUUGGAAUUUGAUUUAGCAAGCUCAGUAUUUUGGAAUGUUUGUCUGCGAACUGGUAUUUUGUUGUUUUUCCCUUCUGCAAUUUUAGAUUCACCUUUGUUGCAAACUCACUUCAUUUGAAGUUUUAUCAAUGCAUUUCCGUUAUUUA